GUUUUCUGGGAUGAAGGGACGGCGGCGGUAAUGGCUGACUGGGUGGAAGUACUGGAUUAAAUGGUAACUAGCUGACAACGUUUAUGUUGUCAUGGAUGUUGCAGUUUAAUAAUGUUAAAAUGAGUUUCACCUGAAUUGUGUGCUUGUUCUUGUAAACUGCAUAAGGAGAUGCCUCCCAUCAUCAAAAUGCACGGUCUUGUCUCCUGCCCUCUGAGAAUGGAUGUGUUUUGCCGUUGCUAGGCCGUCUGAUCGAGUUUGGGGUGCUUCCCGAGUCUUUGACUUUGUAAACAAGCUGGCUAGCUAAAUAACAUUAUGUUGGGUGAUGUGAACAUGUUUCUCCAGUUUGCUAGAUAUCUUCUUGUUGAUAUAUAUCUAAUUGUCACAAUAAGCAAACCGAAAAGCCGUAACCUUUUAAUUUGCAUCAAUCAACUAACGCGUUAGCUAGGUUACAGUAGCACUGUAAAUGCCAGUUGAUCUGUUGCGACGCUAUCACCAGGGAGCACUGACUGAUAUAACUAACUAGCUUGCCAAAGAACGUGACGUUUUUAGCCAGUUAGCUAAGUUAGUAGGUCAUACAUUUACGUUUUGCUAGCGAAAUGGCCUAGGUACACUAUAUAUACAAAAGUAUGUGGACACCCCUUCAAAUUACUGUAUUCCACUAUUUUAGCCACACCCGUCGCUGACAGGUGUAUAAAACCACCACACAGCCAUGCAAUCUCCAUAGACAAACAUCGGCAAUAGGAUGGCCUUACUGAAGAACUCAGUGACUUUAAACGUCGCACCGUCAUAGAAUGCCAUCUUUCCAACAAGUCAGUAAAUCACAUUUCUGCCCUGCUAGAGCUGCCCGGGUCAAGUGUAAGUAUUGUUAUUGUGAAGUUGUUAUUGUGAAGUGGAAACGGCUGAGCCUUUGUUGCUCAUAGACGCAAAGUGGUAGGCCACACAAGCUCACAGAACGGGACCGCCGAGUGCUGAAGCACAUAGCGCCUAAAAAUCGUCUGUCCUAGGUUGCAACACUCACUACUGAGUUUGAUUACUGCCUCUGGAAGCAACGUCAGCACAUUAACUGUUCGUUGGGAGCUUCAUGAAAUGGGUUUCCAUGGCCGAACAGCUGCACACAAGCCUAAGAUCACCAUGUGCAAUGCCAAGUGUUGACUGGAGUGGUGUAAAGCUCGCUGCCAUUGGACUCUGGAGCAGUGGAUGCGCGUUCUCUGGAGUGAUGAAUCACACUUCACCAUCUGGCAGUCUGACUGACGAAUCUGGGUUUGGCGGAUGCCAGGAGAACGCUACCUGCCCCAAUGCAUAGUGCCAACUGUAAAGUUUGGUGGAGGAGGAAUAAUGGUCUGGGGCUGUUUCAUGGUUCGGGCUAGGCCCCUUAGUUCCAGUGAAGGGAAAUCUUAACGCUACAGCAUACAAUGGCAUUCUAGAUGAGUGCUUCCAACUUUGUGGCAACAGUUUGGGGAAGGCUCUUUCCUGUUUCAGCAUGACAAUGUCCCCCUGCACAAAGUGAGGUCCAUACAGAAAUGGUUUGUCGAGAUCGAUGUGGAAGAACUUGACUGGCCUGCACAGAGCCCUGACCUCAACCCCAUCGAACACCUUUGGGAUUAAUUGGAACGCUGACUGCAAGCCAGGCCUAAUCGCCCAACAUCAGUGCCUGACCUCACUAAUGCUCUUGUGGCUGAAUGGAAGCAAGUCCCUGCAGCAAUGUUCCAACAUCUAGUGGAAAGCCUUCCCAGAAGAGUGGAGGCUGUUAUAGCUGCAAAGGGGGGACCAACUCCAUAUUAAUGCCCAUGACUUUGGAAUGAGAUGUUCGACGAGCAGGUGUCCACAUACUUUUGGUGAUGUAGCUAGCUAGCAAGAUAACCUAAUUUGAUGUUGUCACAGAUGGAAGGGUUAGCUAGUUACCAUCAGUAUCUUUGUUGCGCUCUGUCGUUUACCUAGGUUGCUAGUCAUGUUAAUGUUAGCUUGCUAGCUAGCUGCUACAGUAUCUGUAGUCAGGAAGCUAGUUUGAUGCACAGUUCACAAAUAAGGUCUUCAUAAUCACAAAAGAAAACAUUAACGGUAACAAGUCGUGUUGGCAAUAGCUAUUUGAACAUCAGCAUCUCUUUUUACAGGUUCUGAUGCUGGCAGGUCUGACAUUGUGAACUCAGAUUUGUACAAACUUGAAGGACAUAGACACAAGCCAGGUGACAAGGCAGUUUCUCAGAAAAUCCUCACAAUGUCUAAGACCAGAGAGUCGGUGAAGGUGGUGGUCCGCUGUCGACCCAUGAAUGAGAAGGAGCGUGCUGCCAACUUUGAGAGGGUGGUGGAGGUGGAUGUGAAGCUUGGCCAGGUGGCCGUGAGAAACCCCCGGGGGGCUGCAGCCCACCAACACCCCAAGAUCUUCACAUUUGACUCUGUGUACGACUGGAACUCCAAACAGGUGGAUCUCUAUGAUGAAACCUUCAGGCCCCUGGUGGACUCAGUCUUGCUUGGUUUCAAUGGGACCAUAUUUGCGUACGGCCAGACAGGAACAGGAAAGACCUACACUAUGGAGGGGGUGCGCAAUGACCCAGAGAGAAGGGGUGUAAUCCCCAAUUCCUUUGAGCACGUCUUCACACACAUCUCCCGCUCCCAGAACCAGCAGUACCUGGUGAGGGCCUCGUACCUGGAGAUCUACCAGGAGGAGAUCAAGGACUUGCUGUCCAAGGACCAGUCCCGCCGUCUGGAGCUGAAAGAGAGGCCAGACACGGGUGUCUACGUCAAGGACCUCUCCUCCUUCGUCACUAAGAGUGUACGAGAAAUAGAGCAUGUCAUGAAUGUGGGGAACCAAAACCGCUCAGUGGGCUCCACCAACAUGAAUGAGCACAGCUCCCGGUCACAUGCCAUUUUUCUCAUUACCGUCGAGUGUAGCGAGCUGGGCGUCGACGGGGAGAACCACAUUCGAGUGGGCAAACUGAACCUGGUGGACCUGGCUGGUAGUGAGAGGCAGACCAAGACAGGAGCCCAGGGAGAGCGCCUGAAGGAAGCCACCAAGAUCAACCUGUCUCUGUCAGCCUUGGGGAAUGUCAUCUCUGCCCUGGUGGACGGCAGGAGCACCCACAUCCCCUACCGCGACUCCAAGCUCACCCGCCUGCUGCAGGACUCCCUGGGGGGCAAUGCCCGCACAGUCAUGGUGGCUAACAUCGGACCAGCCUCUUACAAUGUGGAGGAGACACUGACCACAUUACGCUACUCAAACCGGGCCAAGAACAUCAAGAACAAGCCCCGUGUCAACGAGGACCCCAAAGAUGCUCUGCUCAGGGAGUUCCAGGAAGAGAUUGCCCGGCUCAAAGAGCAGUUAGAGAAACGCUCAGGGAAAAAGAAGAAGAAGAGGAGGGGGGUUGGGGAAGCUGGGGAAGAGCUAGAAGAGGACACGGAGGAUGGAGAGACGGAGGAGGAUGAAGGUGUAGAACCAGCUGAUAAAGUGGGUGCAGAUUAUUGGUGUGAACAGCAGGAGAAGUUGGAGACUGAGAGGAAGGCCAUCAUGGAGGAUCACAGUCUGGUGGCGGAGGAGAAACAGAGGCUGCUAAAAGAGAAGGAGAGGAAGAUGGAUGCCCUCAAAAAGGAGCAGGAAGCAGGCGAUAUGCUGACUGCCAAAGUCAAGGUGAGGAGACUACAUUCUGGUCCUUUUCAUGGUCUUUUAGACCAACACUUAAAAUUAAAAAAAAUCAUUCUACCUGUUCUGUGUUUCCCUCACAUCUCUUGAUUGUGUCGUCUCCCAGGCGAUGGAGAGUAAGCUUCUGAUGGGGGGGAAGAACAUUGUAGACCACACCAAUGAGCAACAAAGGAUCCUUGAACAGAAGCGACAGGAAAUCGCUGAACAGGUAACGUAUACAGUUGAAGUAGGAAGUUCACAUACACUUAGGUUGGAGUCAUUUAAAGCUCGUUUUUCAACCACUCCACAAUUUCUUGUUAACAAACUAUAGUUUUGGCAAGUCGGUUAGGACAUCUACUUUGUGCAUGACACAAGUAAUUUUUCCAACAAUUGUUUACAGACAGAUUAUUUCACUUAUAAUUCACUGUAUCACAAUUCCAGUGGGUCAGAAGUUUACAUACACUAAGUUCACUGUGCCUUUUAAACAGCUUGGAAAAUUCCAUAAAAUGAUGUAAUGGUUUUAGAAGCUUCUGAUAGGCUAAUUGACAUCAUUUGAGUCAAUUGGAGGUGUACCUGUGGAUGUAUUUCAAGGCCUACCUUCAAACUCGGUGCCUCUUUACUUGACAUCAUGGGAAAAUCAAAAGAAAUCAGCCAAGACCUCAGGGGAAAAAAAUGGUAGACCUCCACAAGUCUGGUUCAUCCUUGGGGGCAAUUUCCAAACGCCUGAAGAUACCACGUUCAUCUGUACAAACGAUAGUACGCAAGUAUAAACACCAUUGGACCACGCAGCCAUCAUACCGCUCAGGAAGGAGACGCGUUCUGUCUCCUAGAGAUUAACGUGCCUUGGUGUGAAAAAUGCAAAUCAAUCCUAGAACAACAGCAAAGGACCUUGUGAAGAUGCUGGAGGAAACGGGUACAAAAGUAUCUACAGUAAAACGAGUCCUAUAUCGACAUAACCUGAAAGGCCACUGUGCAAGGAAGAAGCCACUGCUCCAAAACCGCCAUAAAAAAGCCAGACUACGGUUUGCAACUGCACAUGGGGACAAAGAUUGUACUUUUUUGAUAAAUGUCCUCUGGUCUGAUUAAACAAAAAUAUAACUGUUUAGACAUAAUGACCAUCGUUAUGUUUGGAGGAAAAAGGAGGAGGCUUGCAAGCCGAAGAACACCAUCCCAACCGUGCUGUGGGGGUGCUUUGCUGCAGGAAGGACUGGUGCACUUCACAAAAUAGAUGGCAUCAUGAGGAAGGAAACUUAUGUGGAUAUAUUGAAGCAACAUCUCAAGACGUCAGGAAGUUAAAGCUUGGUCGCAAAUGGGUCUUCCAAAUGGACAAUGACCCCAAGCAUACUUCCAAAAUUGUGACAAAAUGGUUUAAGGACAACAAAGUCAAGGUAUUGGAGUGGCCAUCACAAAGCCCUGACCUCAAUCCUAUAGAACAUUUGUGGGCAGAUCUGAAAAAGCUUGUGUGAGCAAGGAGGCCUACAAACCUGACUCAGUUACACCAGCUCUGUCAGGAGGAAUGGGCCAAAAUUCACCCAAUUUAUUGUGGGAAGCUUGUGGAAGGCUACCCAAAACGUUUGACCCAAGUUAAAGAAUUUAAAGGCAAUGCUACCAAAUACUAAUUGAGUGUAUGUAAACUUCUGACCCACUGGGAAUGUGAUGAAAGAAAUAAAAUCUGAAAUAAAUCAUUCUCUCUACUAUUAUUCUGACAUUUAAAAUAAAGUGGUGAUCCUAACUGACCUAAGACAGGGAAUUUGUACUAGGAUUAAAUGGCAGGAAUUGUGAAACUGAGUUUAAAUGUAUUUGGCUAAGGUGUAUGUAAACCUCCGACUUCAACUGUAUGUAUAGUCUUAGGUUAUUGAUAGCGGGUAAACACUCAAUAGACCGUCAAUCUAAUGGUAUUGAUUUGCGCUCUGAUGGGAAAUGUUAAAAUAUUUAUGUGAGUACUUUGUGUGAUUACACAACCUUGCCCUUCUUACCGAGAUGCUCUGUGUGUGUUCGCAGAAACGCAGAGAGAGGGAGAUGAAACAGCAGGUGGAGAAUCGUGAUGAGGAGACCCUGGAGUUGAAGGAAACGUACAGCUCUCUACAGCAGGAAGUGGACAGCAAGACCAAGAAGCUGAAAAAGGUAGGACAUUAGAAAACUAUACGAAAAGGGUGCACACGAUUCAUUAGAAAGCUGUCCUUUACGUUGUCAGUUUAGCCUACAAAAAAGUUCAAAGGAAAUUGUGCAUGCCACAAAAAUGUGUUUGCUACACUGAAUCAAACACUGUGGUGUUUUUGUCUGUUGUUGUGCUCUGUGCCUCACCACCCUGGUUUUUCUCCCCUCAGCUGUUUGCCAAGCUGCAGGCAGUGAAAACGGAGAUCCAUGAUGUCCAGGAGUUGCACAUCAAGGAGAGACAGGAGCUGGAGCAGACCCAGAAUGAGUUGACCAGGGAUCUCAAACUCAAGUAUGGAGCCACCAGGCUGCCCACAAGGCCAACUCUCUCAUUUCUCACACACAAUAAAAAGAAAACACAAAUCAAUAUAGUCUAUUUUGGUUGUUGCCCUCUGAUGAUGAUAAUAAUAAUAAUAAUAUGCCAUUUAGCAGACGCUUUUAUCCAAAGCGACUUAGUCAUGCGUGCAUACAUUUUUGUGUAUGGGUGGUCCCGGGGAUCGAACCCACUACCCUGGCGUUACAAGCGCCUUGCUCUACCAGCUGAGCUACAGAGGACCAUAUAUCCCAUUCUGACAAGGAGCACAUACAUCCCAUUUUUACAUUUUAGUCAUUCAGCAGACGCUCUUAUCCAGAGCGACUUACAGUACAUUCAUCUUAAGAUAGCCAGGUGAGACAACCACAUAUCACAGUCAUAGUAAGUACAUUCAUCUUAAGAUAGCCAGGUGAGACAACCACAUGUCACAAUCAUAGUAAGUACAUUCAUCUUAAGAUAGCCAGGUGAGACAACCACAUAUCACAGUCAUAGUAAGUACAUUCAUCUUAAGAUAGCCAGGUGAGACAACCACAUAUCACAGUCAUAGUAAGUACAUUCAUCUUAAGAUAGCCAGGUGAGACAACCACAUAUCACAGUCAUAGUAAGUACAUUCAUCUUAAGAUAGCCAGGUGAGACAACCACAUGUCAAUUUUUCCUCAAUAACGUAGCUGUCAGUCAGAGUUAGUUAUUGAUUGGUCUAGAUUAGGCAGACUGUAUUGCACUGUAGUUCCCUCGUCCCCCAUGACUGUUUACACCUCCUCCUAUUAUCAAUGAUAGUAUCAUCAGGCUGUUAGAGGCCCCUUCUUCAGCAGCAGAUCUGAUCUUGUUAUUGUUGUCUGCCAGGCAUCUCAUCAUUGAGAACUUCAUCCCCGUGGAGGAGAAGAAUAAGAUCGUGAACAGGGCGUUCUUCCAAGAGGACGACGACAACUGGAAGAUGCGUCCCAUCACACGCAUAGAGGAGUAUGUGCACAUUUCAUUAUCCAGUUAAUUAGACAUACAAACAUGCAAAAAAUCAUGAAUACAAAACACAGGGUUUGGAAUAAGUGGUUGGAAAAUCCCUCGUGUGUAGGAACACACACAGAUUGUCUUUUUAAUUAACCCUCGAUCUCACUCUCAGUGACCAGCAGAUGAUGACCAGGCCAGUGUCAGCGGUGGGCUACAGAAGACCCUUGAGCCAGCACGCCCGCACGUCCAUGGUGAUGACGGCUGACGUCAGGUACAAGGUAUGAUGAUGUUCUUCUCCUCUCUGUCACUCUCUGUGUCUGGUGAAUGUGACUUAGCCCUUGUCCAAUGGGUGGUAGCAGUUUCCUGACCUCUGACCCCCCCCCUCUCUCUGUCUCUCCCCAGGCUGAGAAUAUCCUGAUGCUGGAGAUGGACCUGCCUGCUCGGACCACUAAGGAGUAUGAGGAGCCGGUCAUAGCACCCACAGUAGCAGCAGCGUUGGAGGAUGCACUGCGGGAAGAGGAUGAGAUCCAGGUGGAUGCCUCUGGGUUGCACAACAGCCUUGGGCCCACCCAGACCACCAGCACUGGGGCCAUCAAGAAACCAAAGUCUGGGUAAGGGUCUGUCCCGUUCUGUACAAAUCAGCACUUUGUUUUGUCAGUUAUUUCAGUUGGGAGUGUUUCUGCCUGUUUAGUGUCACACAGGUCUACUCGAUACCACAGGGUUAUAAAGCAAUAAUCAUGAUUUAAAAGCCAAUGAUGUUUCCACCUCAAUGUUCUUUCCCCCCUAACAAAAUAUUUAUCUUCCCAUCUCCUUCAGCCGACCUAAAACAGGUAAGAAGACCGCCACCCCCACAUCUCCGUACAGCUCCUCCAGCCCAGGACAUCCUUUAUACCCACAAUCCCGUGGGCUUGUACCCAAGUGAUCACCCCACACCUUUCUGUUUUGGGACCCAAAAUGAAAGACUGCUUUUUGUUUAGUUUUUACAGUCUGUAAGAGAAAGAGAAGCAGUCUCAAGACUUAGAUUCAAGCUGCUUUUAUUUUGAUUUGACCUGAGACCGUAGCUGUUUUAUUAUUUCAGCUUUUUAAGGAAUUUGUAACUACCUUACCAUCCCAAAUGGUUACUGGACCAAUCCUUUUCUGAGCUCCACUUUUCUA